CCUAAAUAGAUGUAUCAAAAAUGCCUCUCGAUGACGAUUUCAGUGAUUUUAAAGAACUGCGUAAAAUGCCGAAGAGAAGCACAAAGUACACAAAUAUUGCUAUUAUGGUUUCUGUAAUACCUGGCAUUUUAUUGGGCGGCUAUAUGGGCAAGAAGUUGGCCCAGUUCCUUGAAGUAUUCGAUCUGUACGCGCCCGAUAUCGUGGAAGAUGAUGAUUAGAAUAACCAUGGCACAGAUUGAUCGAAGACUUGGAAAAACUAAAGAAUUUGGAGCAAACCUGUGCACAUCCUGUUCGUAAAUAUGCUAAUGGGCCACAUCAAACAGGCCAAACGUGAAGCUGCUAGGCAAAGAAAACGUAUCGCAAACAACUGACCAGACCGGUAACCAAAAUCAAAUCGGGAUACUAAGUCCAUAAGAUCAAGUAAAUCAUAAUUAUUCCAUCGACUUCAAAAUCAAACGAGUUUAUACCCAUAAAUAUACAUUUUUUAAUAUUCAUGGUUUUUAU